AAUGUCAAUUGUCAUUGUCAUUUGUCAAAAUAAAAAAACAACCUUACAACUUGGAAAUAGCACGUGUAAAUAUCUUUUAUUUAUUGUGUAAUUGAUUUAAUUAACUAUUAGUAUUACAUUAAAUUAAAACAUGCAAAAAACUAAGCGUAAGGGCACUGAAAAUGAUGCAACACCACCAAAGAAAAAGAAAGUGCAAUUUGAAGGAUCAAAUGUUAGAGAUGACCAGAAUAAACAAAAAGGGGAAAAAGGUAAAAAACCUUUUGAUAAAUCAAAAAAGGAUAUGAAAAAAGGAGGAAAACCCAUUUUUACUAAACCUGGGUUUAAAGGUAAACACGAUGCUUCUAAAGGAAGUAAAAAAUCGGCCAAUAACCAAAAUCCAGAUGAGAAGCCGAAAUGGUCUGAAAUGAAAAAAGAAAAAAAGAAUUUAAGACUGGAACGACGCAAAGCUAAAGCCACUGCUGAAAUAUUUGAAAUCUCCCAUAAGGCUAAAUUGUUAGCAGCUCAAAUACAAAGAAAAGUAAUUAAACAAGACUUCAAAAUCACUGCAUGUAAAGAAUUGCAUUCUUUAAUCAAAGGCCAAUACAAAGCAAUAGCGCUGACGCAUGAUUUGAGCAGAGUCAUACAAGUGCUAUUGAAACAUAGUACAGAGGACAUCAAGAAUGAAAUCACUGAAGAGUUAAUGGAUGUAAUGGUACCUAUGAUGCAGUCGAAGUAUGCACAACAUUCUGUUAAACGUAUACUAAAAUAUGGCACUAAUUUUAUAAGACAUGAAGUUAUAAAGAAGUUUUUUGGGCAUAUCGUGUCGUUGGCCACUCACUCUGUAAGUGCGCCGGUACUGGAUUAUGCAUAUGGAGAGUUUGCUACUAAGAAAGAGAAGAUACAUAUGCAGCAAGAAUUUUAUGGUGAUAUGUAUAAGAAUACAAAAGAUGACAAGGUGAAAACAUUAAGUGACACAUACAAGGACAGUCCAGAAAUGAAGUCUGCAAUUCUGCAGUCGUGUAAAGCAAACAUCCAACGUAUUUUGGAUAAGAAUUUACAUGAUGGAGAACUAUUACAUUCAGUGCUGUAUGACUACAUGAAAGCGUGUAGUGAUGAGGACCGCGCAGAACUGAUCUCAACCCUCAGCCCGUUGAUUGUGCCUCUCAGCAACUCUCUGCCAGGGGUCAACGCUGCCUGCGUCUGUGUGUGGCAAGGAACUAACAAAGACAAGAAGGCCAUAUUAAAAGUGGUAAAAGAACACGUACUACCAUUGAGCAAGCACAAAACGGGCUACAGGCUCCUGUUAGCCAUCUUUGACUCUGUGGAUGAUACUGUGCUGGUGAAGAAAACCAUAGUCUCAACACUUGCUGGCAAUAUUCAGGAUGUAGCCAGCGACCAACGUGGCAACAUGACUCUGCAUUGGCUGGUAAAGCCAAAAGAUUCUGCCAUCUUUCACCCUGGCAUUACAUCUUUCUUGGAGGAUGGCUUAAAAAGUGGUACAUCUAAAAAGGAUCCAGAACUUCGUGUAUCAGAAUUGAGAGAAGCGAUAUUACCGGCCCUUAAGAGCAAUAUGGAGGAGGAUCCUAAAUUCUGGAUUGAUAAGAGCCGAAUGCCUUUAGUAGUAGCUGUACUGUCAACUGAAACAUCAAAAUCUCUCUUACAAGCGCUCGCAUCUGUGAUAUGCGAUCCGAACUGGACGAUCCCAGUCCCCAACAAAGACAGCACGGUGUUGGCAGUGGAAGACGCCGGCAUACACAUGUCGCUGAAGAAACUCGCCGCGCUCGACAAGACUGCAACUGAUAGCUUUGGAGAAGCUGUCUGUGACCAUAUUUCUGAAGAAACUUUGCAAGCAUGGCUGUCUACAAAUAGAGGUUGUUUUUUCGUUCUUCAGCUCAUUGAGAACAACAAUGAAAAGAUCAGCGGCAAACUCAAGAAACUAAUUAAACCUCAUAUUAAUACUCUAAAACAGAAAACUGUUGAAGGAGCUAAAUUGUUAGUACAAUCUGUUCAGAAAUAAAAUGAAUGUCAUGUAAAAAUA